AUGGCUGUGGCCCAAUGCAACUAUGAACCAGAAGGAAAUUCAGGUCUCCGGCUUGUCAGAAGCAGUAAAUACUAUGUAUUGCAAGAAGAAGAUUCUAAUUGGUGGAAAGUAAGGGAUUUGGAAGGGAAUGAAGGUUUCGUACCGAGCACUUACUUGAGAAAGUUAUCUCUGAAUGAUGAUGAGCCAAGGGAAAACUCCAGUGUCAGUGAACACACGUUGGCAGAAGAGCAGAGUAUUGCUAAGCAUGAUUGGUAUGCUGGUAAUAUCUCCCGUGCCCAGUCUGAGCAGCUGCUCCGUCAGAAGGUCCUACAUAUCCUUUAUCACUUAAGAUCAUCCAGACAAGCNGGAAUGUAUACUGUGUCUGUAUUCAGCAAGGUUCCUGAAAGUAAAAAAGGAACAGUCAAACAUUACCAUGUGCACAAAACCCCUGAGAACAAGUAUUACCUGGUUGAAAAUUACUAUUUUGAUUCCAUUCCCACGCUUAUACACUACCAUCAACACAACUCAGCCGGUAUGGUGACAAGGCUCCGGCAUGCAGUGUCAACACAAGUAAAUAAAGUCCCAUCCACAGCUUCAUUAGGAAAUGGAAUCUGGGAGCUGAAACGAGAAGAAAUUGUCCUGUUGAGAGAUCUAGGGAGCGGUCAGUUUGGAAUGGUCCACCUGGGAAAGUGGAAGGGACAAUAUGAUGUGGCCAUAAAGAUGAUUAAAGAGGGAGCAAUGUCAGAAGAUGAAUUCAUAGAAGAAGCUCAGACCAUGAUGAAAAUUAAUCAUCCCAAACUUGUUAGACUGUACGGUGUAUGCUCAAAAUCAUAUCCCAUCUAUAUAGUGACGGAAUACAUGCCUAAUGGCUGUUUGCUUAGCUACUUAAGGAGUCAUGGGAAGGAACUACAAUCCCUUCAGCUUCUGGAAAUAUGUUAUGAUGUUUGUGAUGCUAUGGCAUUUCUGGAGAGCUGUCAGUUCAUACAUAGAGAUUUGGCUGCUAGGAACUGUUUGGUUGACAGCAACCUUACUGUGAAAGUAUCUGACUUUGGGAUGACUAGAUAUGUUCUGGAUGACCUGUAUAUAAGUUCACUAGGAACCAAGUUUCCAGUGAAGUGGUCAGCACCGGAAGUUUUUCAUUACACCAAAUUUAGCAGCAAGUCAGAUGUGUGGGCCUUUGGUAUCUUAAUGUGGGAGGUGUUCACUUUGGGAAAGCAGCCCUAUGAGCUUUAUGAUAACAUGCAAGUGAUUGAGAAAGUUUCUCAAGGAUACAGACUUUAUAGACCGCAACUGGUUUCAGACAUCAUCUACCAGAUAAUGUACAACUGCUGGCAUGAGCUACCAGAAAAGCGCCCUGCCUUUUAUCAGCUCUUAUCAUUUUUUGAGGCACUGAGAGAAGACAACAGAGCUUGA